AUGGGGGAUUCCCACAGAAUAAAAUCAGAUGAUGAAUUUUUAUUUAGGAGAGUAUCAAAGUCUGAAGACACAUCCAGCUUUAGCCAAAAAAAAUGUUUAACUUGGUUUCGAGAGUACACAACUCCUGAUGAUCCAGACACUCUAGGGCCUGAGGGAAUGGAAAAAUUUUGUGAGGAUAUAGGAGUAGAACCUGAGAAUGUUGUUAUGUUGGUAUUAGCAUGGAAAAUGAAUGCUCAUCAAAUGGGAUUUUUUAGUCAGCAAGAAUGGCUUAGGGGUCUUGUCGAGUUACAGUGUGAUACAAUCUCAAAACUUCAAAACAAAUUGGAUUACCUUAGAUCACUUUUAAAUGAUCCUCCAACAUUUAAAAGCAUUUAUAGAUAUGCUUACGAUUUUGCUAGAGAUAAAGAUCAACGUAGUAUGGAUAUUGAAACAGCUAAAGCUAUGCUCCAGCUACUUUUAGGAAAGCAUUGGAGCUUAUUCGGACAGUUUAAUUUAUUCUUAGAGCAAUCCAAGUAUAAAGUAAUUAAUAAGGAUCAAUGGUGUAACAUUCUUGAAUUUUCUCGUACCAAUAACUCAGACUUAAACAAUUAUGAUGUGGAUGGAGCAUGGCCUGUUUUAUUAGAUGAAUUUGUUGAAUGGUUCAGAGGUACCAAAGAUGGUCGUCGAAGCUGA